UAGUUUUUGUUACUAUAGUAGUAUAAUCACUAUUUCAGUACAAUUGAUUGUUGAACAAUAAUGACUUUGAUAUUUUUACUCUUCAUUCAGCUGUUAAAAUCUCAUAUGUUUAUAUGUCUUAUUAUUUGAUAUGAUAGUUAGAUAUUAUUUUAUACUUUUGUAUAGUAGAAACUACUUUAAAUUCGGCAGGAUUCAUAACUGUUGAGGAACUUUGUUGAAAUUGCAAGAGAAAGACAGAAAUUCUAGUCAAGGUGAUCUUUUAUAUGAUUCUUCGGAGCAACAAAAACAACAAAUUGGAAAUAUGUCAAUGCCUGAACUGCCCCAAAAUUCGCCACAAAAUGAAAGAGAUGAAUCACAUGAUACAAAAAAUCUUCCAGAUUCUAAUGAGAGUGAAGAGCAAUCUAAGCGAACUAGGGGUCCCACUAUGAUGCACUCGGGAUGGGGGAAAGAUGGUGGAAAUUUAAAUAUUGAAUUGAAUGAACAUGGUCAAGUUAUUGGGUUAGAAGGAACUAGAUUGAGUUCAAAACUUGGUGUCCUAGCACUAAAUGGCAUCCUAGCGCCACUGAAUCAUAAAGAUUGGAGGCUUGUACCUAGUAUGUACAAGGAUAUAAUAUGGGCUCAUAUCAAAGGUUCUUAG